CCUCUCACCCUAACAGCAGAGGUUUUUCCGUCGGUGGGGGUGUUCUGGGGGCCGUUUUUUUUUUCUUCCUGGAGAGAGAGGGUGAUGCUGUUCUCCGUUCACUGGGAAUGUAUUGACUGAGGAUCCAACUCUCAGCCUUCCAGCUGGACCCUGCAGCUGCUCUGCUCACUGCGUGGGGUUUAAACCAGGACACAAACACACCUGACUGCUGAGCUCUUCCUGGUUGCUGUUUCACUGACCAGUCUCCUAAUAAAACCAUGAGGGUCUUCCUCCUGCUUUGCCUGCUGGCACUAGGCAAUGCCAAACCCUACCAGCCAAUCAAUGUCAUGGAAUUCAUGAGAAACUAUGACGUCAUGAUGGCUGAUUCGAGUGAUGAGGAUGACGACGAUGACGACGACGAUGAUGACGAUUAUGAUGACGAGAACUGUCCACCUGGUUGCAAUUGCUCACCCAGAGUGGUGCAGUGCUCCGACCAGGGUCAGAUCUCUGUUCCUGAAAAGAUUCCUGAAGACACUGUGAUCCUAGACCUCCAAAACAACGAUAUCACUGAGAUCACGGAGGACGACUUCAAAGGCCUCCACAAGCUUCAUGGCCUGUUUCUGAUCAACAACAAGAUCUCUAAGAUUCACCCCAAGGCCUUCAGAAACAUGGACCAUCUCAGAUUGCUGUACCUCUCCUACAAUAUGCUGACUGAAAUCCCGGCAAACCUGCCCCCCAAUGUCAUCGAGCUCCGCUUCCAUGAAAACAAGAUCAACAGAAUCCAGGAGAACGCGUUUAAAGGCCUGAGGAAACUCCAUGUGCUGGAGCUGGGCGCAAACCCUCUGACCAAUGCUGGAAUUGAGAUGGGAGCUUUUAAUGGCUUGUCUUCCCUGUAUAUUGGUAUAGCAGAGGCCAAACUAACUGCUGUACCAAAAGCUCUCCCAUCCUCCAUCACGGAGUUGAACUUGGACUACAACAAGAUCUCUAAGGUGGAAGUAGAAGACUUCAUCAGAUAUAAAAAUCUGCAGAGGCUAAGACUGGGUUUUAACCAGAUCAAGUUUGUAGAAAAUGGCAGCUUGGUCACCAUCCCAAACGUCCGGGAGAUCCACCUGGACAACAACCGCCUGAAAAAGGUCCCACCAGGCCUCAACUCCCUGCGCUACCUCCAGGUGAUCUUUCUCCAUGGCAACAAGAUCAGCAGUGUUGGAGUCAACGACUUCUGUCCCAUCAGGCCCAAUGUCAAGAAAAACCUGUACACAGGCAUCAGUCUGUUUGCCAAUCCUGUUAAAUACUGGGACAUCCAGCCAGCCACCUUUCGCUGUGUGACCGGACGGAGGGGCGUUCAGCUCGGAAACUUCAGAAAGUAGAAGUAGGGAGUGAAAACAGUGCGUUCCAGACAGCUCAUAAAUGGAGAACUGCCAAUAUCUUUGUUACAGUAUAAGGAAGGAGCUGGAAAUGAUUUGGAUAGAUAUGUGCAUUCCUAAAGUGCAAGCUGUUCAGGAAAUUAGAAAAACAAGUCAUUAUAUUGAUGUAUAUUAGAAACUGUAGUACAUGUUGAAUGCUGGUUCAAUUUACACAUAGAAGUUCUUGGCCAGGGGAAAAAACUAAAUGUAGUCUGGAUGUUGUUGCACAAAAUGAAUAUUAAACCAUAAGCUACUACACUAAGACAAUGUUUUCAGUAAGUAUACAGGGGAUGGAUGUAAUAACAUGAACAGAUGUACAUUAUAAUGAAAUUCAGCACAAGAACCCUGCCUACCUUUGUGAGGUAUAUUCUGUAAAGUGAUCCUUAUCAUUUGUCCCUCAAAUUUUGCUGUAUGAACUUUCCCAGGAAUAAAGCGCCUCCCUCUGGUCACCUUUUGAGCAAAACCACCCAAUGACUUGACUUAAGUAGAUUAGCUGUAAAAUUGGAAAACUGACUUUUUUCCUCUUUUGUCAUUUUCUUACAUAUUAUAUUUAAGUCUUUUUAAAGUUGAGACAUUGUUUAUGAUAAUUACAAUGUCACUAUAGGUCAUAGAUAAGAGAAGAUAAGACAUCCCUCCCAGCAUAAGUCUGUAGAGUCAAUGUAUGAAACUGGCAUUAUUUAGUGCAAUAAGUCACUUUGAAGCCGAUGUCGGUCUUUAUGUGGAUGUUUUAUAUUAUCUCAGUGCAUGUCUGUAUUGUCUUUAUUUAGAAGCUGAAAGCUACGUGUCAGACUGGAUUAUACAUUGAUGUAAACCCAAAACGUGAAUUGAUUUUAAUGAACUAUAGUAACCAAGUGAACUACAGUUAUCACUGAAAUUAUUAGGAGGUAAUGUAAUUCCCAACCCGGAAUGUCUGAAAGCAUCUUCUUUACAAACAGGUCCCUGUUUCCUCCAGUGAUGUUUCUGAAAUGGUGCUAUAUUUAUUUAGUAUGUCUUUAAAUAAAACCUGGAACACCUCCCCA